AUGGGCGUGCUCUGGAACUUCGUGCUGACGAGUCUAUUGCUCACAAAUGCCGUGUGUAUUCUGCACGAAAAGCGGUUCUUGCGUCCGCAUGGCUGGCACAAGGUCGACUCGUCGCAAGGUCUGACGAUCAAGAACCAAAUCGUGGGCUUUCUCAUUGCGGUGCAGUAUUUGCGCUUUCCUCUGAUGGCGAUCAACACGGUCAUGAUUCUACUCGAGUUGGUCAUGGGCUGA